UCAAUCGUCAUGUGAUUUGUGUUGUUGUGCAUGACUUCCGGUACAAGUCGGGUUGUAGUUUCUGUAUAGUGGACUCUCAAACAAGAACUUGUCAAGAUGAUGCCCGAACUCGCUUUCAAUAUUGAUCAUGGUUACCUUGAAGGCCUCUUGAGAGGGUUUAAAGGUGGAAUUCUGAAACAGUCAGAUUAUUUAAACCUCGUGCAGUGUGAAACCCUGGAUGAUUUGAAGCUACACUUGCAGUCAACAGACUACGGCAAUUUCCUGGCGAAUGAGCCUAGUCCUCUCACAGUGUCAGUGAUUGAUGACAAACUGAGGGAAAAGCUUGUGGUGGAAGUGGAGCACAUGCGUAACCAUGCUUUGCAACCUCUGUCUGGUUUUUUGGAUUACAUCAAAUACAGCUACAUGAUCGACAACGUUAUCCUGCUGAUCACUGGUACCCUCCAUGGACGACCGAUCCACGAGCUACUGCCCAAGUGUCACCCCCUGGGCACGUUCGACCAGCUGGCAGCCAUCAACCUGGCCAACACGUCCAUCAUGCUGUACAACGCUGUGCUCGUAGACACGCCGCUCGCUCCGUACAUCAAGGACUGCAUCUCUGCUGAAGAUCUUGAUGAAAUGAAUGUAGAGAUCAUCAGAAAUACGUUGUACAAAUCGUACUUAGAAGAUUUCUACAACUUCUGCAAGAAGCAAGGAGGAGCGACAGCGGAGGUCAUGUGUGAGGCUCUGGCAUUUGAUGCAGACCGACGUGCGUUCAUCAUCACCAUCAACUCGUUUGGCACAGAGCUGAGCAAGGAGGAUCGCAUGAAGCUGUACCCCCGUUGUGGCAACCUUUACCCCAGCGGCCUCAAACUCCUGGGCGACUGCGAUGACUUCGAUCAAGUGCGAGCUGUGGCCGAGUACUACCCGCAAUACAAGGAACUGUUUGACAACUCAGGCUCCAACCCCGGAGACAAGACACUGGAGGAUAAGUUCUUUGAGUAUGAGGUCAAACUGAUGAAGAAAGCCUUCAUGCAGCAGUUCCAGUUUGGAGUUUUCUACGCUUACAUCCGCCUCAAGGAGCAGGAGAUCAGAAACAUCAUCUGGAUCGCCGAGUGUGUGGCUCAGAGACACAGAGCCAAGAUUGACAGCUACAUACCCAUAUUCUAAGGCAUCUGUAUUUUCUGUCUCUGUGAAUGUCUCCUUUGUUCCCCUGUGACGUGUACUGAGAGUCUAAUGGAAGUGACGCAAAUUCUCUUUUGGUAGUGUUUCUUUUUUUCUUUUUUCUUUUUUUGGUUGUGCUGCGCACAGCAUUUCUGGUUCUUCGUUACAGUAUUUCUAUUUCUCCUUUUUUUUUGUAAUGAGUCCAGAGCAAAAGAGUUAAUCCAAAUACUUAGACUUGUGAAACUGGUAGAUAUCUUAGCAAGAAUGGAAAUCCUGGAGACUUGUAUUUUAGGAUCAAUUUGACAAUAUAGUUACAAAUAUUGACAUGGUAGGUGCAGAAACUUGAAACCAUUUUUCUAUUUUCUUAUGACAAAAUUCAAUAUAUUUGUUAUUCUCAGUUUCUAUUGGGGGAAAUUUUUGUUCAGUUCAUCGUGAGUAAAUUUAACAUGUCACAUCUUUGGUGGAGCCUUUCAUUUGGCAUGAGUAGCACGCAGUCUCCCAGAUCAUAAUGUCAAUUCUCCUCUGCCCACCCAAAGUCUGAGGUGUACUGGAAGCUUGUUUGUCCCUGACAAAGGAUGGGUAUACACCUAGCACAACUGUAAAGUGAUGAUCUGUGAUAGUUUGUGGCAUUUGUAAAAUGAUUUAUGCACACUUUGUGUAGCUGUACGUCUUUGCCCCUGUGAUCUGUAUGUCCUUGACCUGGUUGCGUCUGACUCAGCAAGCCUAGGCCCGGUAGUAAAACAUUUGAGAUCUUUUGUCUUCAUGAGAUGGGAACUGACAUGAUUGUGGUUUCUUAUAAAAAGUCAUGAAAAGAGAGUUGAGGUUUGAGAUAUAAUAUAAAGUCAGAGAAGUUCAGAGUUUGCAGAUAGCAGUAUCCAGCCUCAGGCAAAGUGUGUAGGCUCAGGAUUUGAGUCACGGUUUGGAAUAAAUAUAGAUAUGGAGGGGCUCUUUCUGAUGUGAUAUGUGUGAAAAUCAGAGGCAAAAACAUUUCUUCUGGGUUAGGUAGAAGUGCUUGAGAAACAUCUUGUCUUCUGUUGUUAAAGGUAUUGCAGUGCAAACCUGCAGACAGCACAGUUCUUGUUUGUUUUUUUGUUUUUUUCUUGGUGUGCAUAUGUGAUUUUUCUUCCUUCUCAUGUUGUGAAUAUUCACGAUGAUGACCAAAUAUUGAUGUACAUUGUUAUGCUUUAAGUUGUAGGCAGUGUGUAUACUUGAAUGUCAUAUUCAGCCAGAGCACGUCCUGUUUGUGAGUCAUACUUAUGAUUAUUUAUCGCCUCGCUGACCUUUGGCCUCAUGUGUGUUCACUAGAGUGGUUUCAUUUGAUGUGUGAGAUAUAAAGUGACAGACUAGUGGUUUAUCUGUGGGGGAAAGUGAGUGGUAAGCCGUUGAAUGUUGUGAAUUGUGAAAGUUUUCAGUUUUGUCCUAGUCAUUUGGGAGGAGGAAGAGAUUGCUAUAUUGAAUGAAAGCCCUUUCCUGCUGCAGUGCAGUCUAUGUGAGUGAGUGUGCGCAUGUGAGAAGAUGUGCUUAUGUGUGGGAGUGAUUGUUGUUGCUAUGAGAGAAGGAUUUCUCAUUGUGAAGAUAAGAUGACUUGAAGUAACUAUAGAGGAGGUAACACUCUUUAAUGUCUCACACAACCCCCACUUCCUGAUGUAUGGUAGUUUUUUCUAUUUCUUCCCUGUACAAUAACCUUCACCUCGUGGUUGUCCAUACAAAAAUGUGCCCAUCUUUUUUUUUUUUCUUUUUGUAUGGGGAAUAUUCCAAUACGCAUUCCAUACAUUUGGGCUUGUAAUCUAUAAAUUAAUUGUGGUAUUUUUUUUCUCUCAUGGUUUCAUAUUGCUCAUAUUUGUUCUCAUUCCUCUUGCUGGAUUUAGUCUUUGGUGUUUGUUAAAUUUUUACAAUUCUGUAUAUUGAUUCAUUGUGGGUGACCAAGUAAAAAUGUAGGCAGGGUGGAUUGUUCCUCUUGAUUAUUUUCGUUGUUAAAAAACAAAUCAGUGUAGACACAAUGGAUGCGAUGGCGAAGAAAUACUUAGACUUUUGGGGGAAUUGUUGAAAUAAAGAAUUUUUUUUUUUGGGGGGGGGGGGGGACGUUUGCCUCAUUUUCUGUAUGUGAAGAUUGGUUGUACAUCCCUUGUAGCUGGAACAAAAUGGAGGCUGGUUUUGUGAAAUGUGUAGUGACGUGCCAGUAGCUCUAUGUGUAUAGAUUGAAGGUCUAUGUACAAUAAUAAACAGAUAUGCUAACGGCUA